CUCUAGAAGAGGCAAGCACCAUGUGAUUUUAGGUUAUUGCAGUUUCGGAGAAAAAGAAUUAGGACAGAUGUGUGAUUAUUUCCCUAUUUAUAUAGGAGAUUGAAGUAAUUUAGUAAUUAAGAGAUUGAUAUACUCUCUAGAAAUGGAUAUUAGGCAGAAAGUUAUUGAUCAAUUCAACGAAGUGUUCGGAGCUGAGUUGAAGAAUCUCGAGAACAUUGAGGAAUUUCAUGAGAAACUUGAAGCUGAAAAACGAGGGAUUGAACAAUCGUUGACAAUGGCCUCGACAGAAGCCCCAUCAAAAGUGAAGGCAGCAGUAGAGAACGUCGAGAGCAUCAGAACUCAGUAUGAAUUGCAGAUCGAGGAAGCAACAAAACUAUCUAAAACCAUAAAUCAAGUUCUGGAUGACGACACUAAAGCUGCUGAGGUGCAGAAGGUAGUCGAUAAAAUCAACGAAUUGGAACGAACACUGUCCUACCUCAAGCUCCUGAAAUACCUUGAAGACAUUAGUGAGGAGAUGGAGACAUCACUGGGAAUUGGAGACGAAGAGUCCAUGAUAACUUCAUACACGAAUUUAGUUGAAGUCUCUCGGCAAUUGCGAUCUUCAUCCUGUCACAAUUUGAUGAGUUAUAUGCGUGAGAUUCUUCACUUCUGGUAUAAUACCUUGAGAGACAAAUUUUCCAGUGAAUAUAUGGACGUCUUGAAGUCCCUGAAGUGGCCAUUUUGUGGGACUAAUGCCUCAGGCCUGGUGUCCCCACUCGCAGAAACGAUGACAAGAUUCAAAAUUCUUACGGAGUACCUCCUGCAGCUCCAAUUGCCGGAUGAAACCCCAAAGUCUUCGGUUAAAUCGUCUCUCUUAGCAGACUUCAGUCCAGUCUGCCUUCCUGUGAUCCUGCUGGUUCGUCCCUUGAAACAGAGAUUCGUGUACCACUUUACAGGUAGUAAACAAACGAAUCGUCGAGACAAACCCGAGUGGUUUUUCACCCAAAUCCUGACUUGGAUCAAGGACCACGCCAGGUGGAUAGAGAAGAACGUCCAGCCAGUGGCUGACACAACUGGAUUCAACCACAUAAACACGAAGGUCGAGUUCAUGAGGGCUCUGGUGCAGCUAGCUGUCGAAAAACUCCACUCUGAGUUGCCUGUUGUCCAGUACGACGACGCCCUCUUCGCUCAUCUAGUCGACGAGGCCCUGGGGUUCGAGAGAGAGUUGAGAGAGACUCUCCUGUACCCGCAGAGUCAGCCAGCAACAGUCUUCGUUCUCACUCAGGCCCAGACCUUCGUCAAGUGGAUCAAUAUGGAGAGAAAAUAUGCAAUCGAGAAGAUUGAAUCGAUCUUGGGAUCCAGUACUGCUUGGGAAAGGGUGAACCUCGAUCAGACUGACGAGAUGAAGAUCACUGAAUCUGCUGAUGCCUUUCUAACGCUACUUACGACUAUUUCGGAUAGGUACAGUCAUCUGCCACAGCCUGGACAUCGGCUUCAGUUCCUGGAGCUUCAGCUGGAGCUCAUUGACGACUGGAGGGUCAGACUACUGCAGCUACUUCAUGAUGAUAGGGAGAAUCCUCUGGAAUCACUCAUUCCGAGGAUUUUGAACUCUAUUCAUUAUGUUUCGAGGGUUCUGAUGGAGUGGGGAGUCACUGUGCACUUUCUGCAACUAUACUUCUUCAAAAAACAAUGCGAAGCAGCAGAAGUAGCAACGGACCAAGGAACCGAGUUAUCUGAAUACGCUGAAGACGAUGGAACAGUGUUUGACGAGUCAGUAGCACUGCUGACGAGACUUGAGAAUAAACUGAUGACUGAGAUAUGUCAAUAUGUCGUAUUGGACGUGAAAGCCAAGAGCAGGCCCUACAGAACGGACAAGUGGUUCGCCAUGCAGAAUAAAAAGGAAGUUGUCUCUCUAUCAGUGACCCCCAGUGGGUGCCCAAUGUUCCAAGAACUAGCUUCUGGACUUCACAAACUCCACCAGAUUCUAGCUCUUGAACUCUUCAACAUUGCGUGGAAGAACUUGGCAGCUCAGCUGGAUCAGUAUCUCUUCGAAGAGAUUGUUCUUGUUAACAGGUUCAAUGUGGGUGGAGCUGAACAACUGAAAUUCGAUGUUACCAGGAAUUUAUUCCCUCUCUUUGGACUUUAUACGAAUAAACCAGAGUCGUAUUUUCCUCUGAUGAGGGAAGCUUGUAUUCUACUGAAUACACUCCUGGGCUCGGCGAUGCUGUUGGUGGACACUCUGGACACCAAUGACGAGGCUAGAUCUGUGGAAGCUUUAGCUGAACUUGGGGUUUAUAAAAUGACGUCUGAGAAUGCACUCAUGGUUCUUGCUACGAGGACUGACAUUUCUGACGUUUCUGUUCAGUAGUAGGUAUUUUCCUAAUGUAUUUUGGUGAUGAUUUGUUAAUAAAAUGGGUUUUAAUUGUUGAAAUUUCAA